AUGGGUAAGAGAGCCACCGCAUCCCGUUCCUUCCCGCUGGGAUACCAGGAAUUCCAGAGGACCAUUGCACCUGCUGCUUGCUCCAGCAAGGCUUUCGCGCCCUCCUCUUCCACCCCUGCCUCGAGGGGCUGGGUCACGAUGACUGAGACACGCGUCCAGGACCCCACAUUUGUCAUCCCUAAGGCAGACCUGUGGGCACCCAAGGCGUGCACUCGCACAGAGAAGAUGCCCACAGUCACCACCGUGGCCUGCAGGCCAAUCGCGUCCAGCACAGCCUCUUGCAAUGUCAAGAAACCCAUCCUAUCUGCAGCCUCCAAAAGUGAAGUCUGCUCCAGCGGCCGCCAGCGUCCACUGGGCUUCCAGCGAUGUCUCCAUUCCAGCCUUUGGAAGCAGGAAGCCAGGGAGAAGGUCGUGGCUUACAAUCGCAGGCGCGGCGAGAGAAUGGACCACGCAGACUCCGGCGGCGGUAGGGCCGUGGACACCCUCUGGAGGCCCAGGGAUCUAGCGCCCAGCGCCUGGCCCAGCGCCUGCAGUGUCUCCUUGUACGACCUCUUCAGCCGCUACCAGCUCACGGAGGAUCAGCUCAAGGAGAACGGCUACCCCUUUCCACACCCCAAGUACUCAGGGAACGCCAUCCUCUUGAGCAAGCGACACAAGAUGCCGCCCGAGGACCCUUGGCUGCGCGUCUGCUGCCGCUGUGGCACCGGGUACCCAGUGCUGCCCUCGGGCCACAGCAUCCAAGACGAGGAGUGUCGCUUCCACUGGGGCCGGCUGCAGUCCGCCCAUGCGGCCAGCGGCUGGAAAACGCGCCACCUGUGCUGCUGGGCCCCGGUGGGCUCGGUCGGCUGCCAGGUGGCCAAGCGCCAUGUCCAAGACGGCCGGAAGGAAAAUCUCCGGGGCUUCGUGAAGACCAAGGACAAAGUGCGGUCUCAUCCCGCCCAGCCGGGCAUCUAUGCCGUGGACUGUGAGAUGUCUUACACCACGCUGGGCCUGGAACUGACACGGGUCACCGUGGUGGAUGCCCACAUGCGACUCGUGUUUGAUGCUUUCGUCAAGCCCGAAAACGAGAUCGUGGAUUAUAACACCAGGUUUUCUGGGGUGACCGAGGCCGACCUCGCCUGCACCAACCUCACACUUGGCGAUGUCCAGGCCGUGCUGCUGAGCCUCUUCAGCGCCGACACCAUCCUUGUGGGGCACAGCUUGCAGAGUGACCUGCUGGCCCUGAAGCUCAUUCACCACACGGUAGUGGACACGGCUGUGCUUUUCCCGCAUCAUCUGGGCCUGCAGCUCAAGCGCUCCCUCCGCGAUCUCGCGGCCAGCUACCUCCACAAGACCAUCCAAAACCACGAGCGUGGGCAUGACUCUUGCGAGGAUGCCCGCUCCUGCUUGAGCCUGGUCUAUUGCAAAAUCCUGCAAGAUGCCAACAAGAAUGACAAUUCCGGCCUGGGACCCUGA